AUGGCUUUAACUGCUGGGUCAUUCGUGACCUUCCUCAUCGUUUGUCCAACCUCAUUCUUCCUCGGGAUAAUCUUCUCCAUGUUUCCCUACGAUUACCCCGUCCUAUGGUCCACAGAUCCAACUCCCGAUGCAUACUAUUCCUUCCUGGAGAACCACCUCAAAUUCAUGCAUGCCUCUCCACCUUUGAUCCCGCGCAUUCUACACAUCGUCGUCUUCGUUGGUUUAGCUGGUAUCGUUUCAAAGCUCUACAAGCCUUCUGAAUCCAACAUGCUCUUUGACGGCGCCAGUCUCGUCCUGUACAUGUGCGGUGUUAUCGUUUACAUCGCAAACAUUGUCAAGGGUUUGCGAAUCGUCUCUUCGGGAGACUAUGGCGCUCCGGACCCAGGCGAUGAGACGGAUCAGGUGCUUGGACGCGAAGAUAGCUUGAAGGUUAUGGCUGCUAGUAACACGAUACUAGCACUGGUUUUGGUGGGUGUUUUGGUCUUACAAGCUGGGCAGUGGUAUGCGGAGCGCAAAGAACAGCAGGAAGCGGACGCGUUUGUGAAGAAAGAGAACGAGGCCAAGAAGGAAGCUCCCAAGGUCACGAGGCAGGGCCACAGCACAUCGUCCAAAAAGAAGCAGUGA